CGAACCACCUCCAUCAACCCGACACGCUCGUGCAUGCGCCUAGCCAUUUCUCAUCCGCACGCAAAUUGCUGAAUGCUGGGCAGGCAGUCACGCUCUUUGCACCGUCUCGCCUCUGUCUUCUCAACAGUCUCCAGACCUGGUGCUGUCACGACCCCGCAGCUGUCACGACAUCACAAAGUUCCCCUGCUGCCUACAUUCUCCCAUCGCUCAAAGAUGUCCGCAGCACCCGGCCAAGGUGCAACCAGCAACAAUGCUGCCCUCCCAUUAGUGGAAGUCAAACCUUCGCAGUUUGGUCAUUGGCCAGCGGUCAAGGUGCGCCAGACAUUUCUGGAAUUCUUCAAAGAGAGAGGCCACGCCUUUGCGCCGAGUAGCAGCUGCAUCCCUUACGAGGACCCGACGUUGCUCUUUGCCAAUGCUGGCAUGAACCAGUUCAAGCCGCUCUUUCUAGGACUCGCCUCUCCCGAAUCCUCUCUGGGAGCCUUGAAGCGUGCAGUCAACUCUCAAAAAUGCAUUCGUGCCGGCGGAAAGCACAACGACUUGGACGACGUCGGUCGCGACACUUAUCACCACACCUUUUUCGAGAUGCUGGGCAAUUGGUCAUUCGGGGAUUACUUCAAAAGCGAAGCGAUCGAGUACGCUUGGGACCUCCUGACGCGCGUCUAUGGUUUGCCUGCAGAUCGUUUGUACGUGACCUAUUUUGAAGGCGACGCAAAGCAAGGUUUAGAGCCGGACAACGAGGCGAGAGAUCUGUGGAAGAAGAUGGGCGUCAAGGACGACCACAUCCUCACUGGCAAUGCCAAGGACAACUUUUGGGAGAUGGGUGCGACCGGCCCGUGCGGACCUUGCAGCGAGAUCCACUACGAUCGCAUCGGUGGACGCAAUGCCGCUCAUCUCGUCAACCAAGAUGAUCCGGAUGUGCUCGAGAUUUGGAACAACGUCUUUAUGCAGUACAAUCGCGAAGCAGACGGAUCCCUCAGACCGCUGCCUGCGCGACACAUCGACACUGGCAUGGGCUUCGAACGCCUGGUCUCUGUGCUGCAGGAUAAGCGCUCAAACUACGACACCGACUGCUUUCUGCCCCUCUUUGAGCGCAUCAGACAGCUCACUGGCGCUCGCCCUUACGCCGGCAAGCUCGGGGCAGAGGAUGCGGACGGAAUCGACACUGCGUACCGCGUUGUCGCUGAUCACGUGCGCACGCUCACAUUCGCCAUGAGCGACGGCGGAGUGCCGGACAAGGAUGGAAGGGGUUACGUCUUGAGGCGUAUCCUGCGUCGAGGAACGCGCUACGUUCGGAAAUACUUUCAAGUGCCCAUCGGUCACUUUUUCUCUGAUCUCAUGCCAACGCUCACUGCUCAAAUGGGAGACUUUUUCCCAGAGAUUACCAAGCGAUCAGAUGACAUCAAGGCGCUGCUCGAUGAGGAAGAGGUCUCCUUUGCGAGGACACUCGAUAGAGGAGAGAAGCUGUUUGAGCAAUACGCGCAACGCGCAAAACAGGCCAACACCAACAAGCUCUCGGGCGCAGAUGUGUGGAGGCUGUACGACACCUUUGGAUUUCCAGUGGAUCUGACUCAGAUCAUGGCAGAAGAGGCUGGUCUCACCUUUAGCGAGGCGGAAUUUGAGGAGGCGCAGGCUGCGAGCAAGGAGGCGUCAAAGGGCCUCGGCAAGGCCGCUGGUACCGAUAUGCCAAAGCUCGACGUGCACGAUCUUGGUGCCCUCGAGCAAAAUGCCGACGUCCCCAGAACCGACGACGAGCACAAAUAUUCGCAAGCGUCCAUCGAAGCCAAGGUCAAGGCGAUAUACCAGAAUGGCGGAUUCCAUGCAGCCUCCAACGCCCCCAACGUGCUUGCGGACAAGCCGCUGGGCUUGCUGCUUGACCGAACCUGCUUUUACGCCGAGUCUGGUGGACAGCAAGGAGACACGGGAAGCAUCGUCAUCGAUGGCAAGUCGGAAUUCGUUGUGGAGGACACGCAAGUCUUUAAUGGAUACGUCUUGCACUCGGGCUACUUCAAGUACGGUGAGCUCAGGGUGGGAGACGAUGUAGUAGCAGCCUACGAUGAGCAUCGACGUGCACCGAUCCGCAACAACCACACUGGCACGCAUAUUCUCAAUUUUGCCUUGCGCGAAGUGCUGGGCGACCACAUUGAUCAGCGAGGAUCGUUGGUCGCUCCCACGAAGUUGCGCUUCGACUUUAGCCACAAGUCUGGGAUUCCGCUCGCGGAGCUGUCGCGCAUUGAAGACAUUUGCAACGACUGGGUCAAGCGCAAUGUGGCCGUGUACGCCAAGGAAGUCCAACUUGAGCACGCUCACAAGAUUCCCGGGCUGCGCGCAGUGUUCGGCGAAGCGUACCCUGAUCCUGUCCGCGUCGUCACGCUCGAGUUCGACGUGGAAGACAUUGUCAAGGACGUGGAGAAUGCCAAAUGGCGCAGCACCAGUGUGGAAUUCUGCGGCGGCACACACGUGGCAAAAACGGGAGAAAUCAGGCGCUUGGUGGUGAUAGAGGAAAGCGGUAUUGCCAAGGGCAUCAGACGAGUGGUGGCGUUGACGGGCGAAGAGGCGGCUGUAGUCGAGCGUCUGGCAGAUCAGCGCGAUGCGGAACUAGCUGCGCUCGAGGCUGAGAAGGACCGCUCGAAACAAGAGGCUGGUCUCAAGGUGUUCACCACCGAGCUAGGCCCCACAGAGCUCGGAGUGCUUCGCAAAGCCAAGCUGGUCGAAAAGUCUUCUGCUCUCCGCAAGGCGCUCGAUGCAGAGAAUAAGAAGAGACAACUUGCCGAGACCAAGGAGGUGCAAGCAGGCGUUCAGGAAUUUUUCGAUGCCAACAAGGACGCCACGUACUUGAUUCGCUCAUUCAACGUUGGCUCCAACUCGAAAGCUCUGCAACAAGGUGUGGCAAUCGCCAAGAAGCUGAACAAGGCAAUCUACCUGUUCACUCAGGAUCCAGCUCCCGAGGCUGCGCCCGUCAACAAGGCGGACGCUGCCUCUACCAAGGCGAAAGUGACGCACGUCAACUUUGUGCCCAAGCAAGAUGUCGAAAAGGGCCUGGAUGCUCGCGAAUGGGCGGAGUUGGUGUCCAAGAGCAUCGGUGGCCGCGCUGGUGGCAAAGUAGAUGGCGCGCAGGGUGUGGGCGAGGAUGGCGGUCUGGCAGUCGAAGAUGCCAUCACCGCUGCAGGUCGAUUCUACCUCAUGAAGACGGUGGAAAGUCCUAUGCCUGCGCAGUCUUGAUGGGCUUGUCACCGACGGUGUUCUGACGGUACCUUGUUUCAAGCAUUCAGCUGUGGCGACGUGAGAUAGAUGCAGUUGUGCGCGACCCCUUGCAGUCGACAGCGUUCGAAUCUUGUACAUAGAUUACACCAAGACGUGCGAGUCGGGGAUCGCAAUUCGUACCUCUUUUUUUCGCUCCGUGCCGGCGUGCCGUGCACGGAGGUGCCUGACGGUGUUCCGGGGUAAGGUAUCAAUCGCACAUCACUUGGAUCUCGAUAGCUGGACUUUGCGGACCGGGGUGCGCUUCAGCGUUGAUGUUUCGUGCGCGAGCGCGAGCCGAGGGAUUCGCGAGCGAGUCGUGAUCUCAAGCUCGCCCAAAGGCGUACUUUA